UCAGUAUAAAAUCCACUAGUUCAUUUUAAAGUAGUUCUCUGGUCCCUGCUCUUUCUGGUCCACUCACAGCCCCAAAUCUCCAGGAAUUUGCGACUAGAAGGUAUGGUAGGUCCCUGGGCAGAGAGUGAGAUGGGCCUGAUGGGGUGGAGACCAGGCUGGACUGUUGGGGGUCAUCAUGGGGACCAUCCACCUCGGUCCUGGCUUUGGGUGCUGGCCUUAGGACGGGUCCUUCCUGCACUCCUGGAUCCAGGCUAGUGGGGAUUCCAGGAACUGCUUUAUCCAGCCACCAUGUGGUACAUACUUGUUCUGUGCCUCACUCUCUCUGGACAGUGCUGGGGAUACAGCAUGGUCAGGGCAGGCCGGAGCUCUGUUUCAUGGGUCUCCCAGUCCAGAGGUAACACGGACUUGUCCUCAGAUGGUGACACCACAUGGUCAGCUGUGAAAGCCUGAGGGUAGGGACUGUGGUAAGGGGAGGUCUUCCUGGAGAAGGGAACAAUUUUUUAAGUAGCCAAGUUAAAAGACUUUGUGUCUGCAUCUCCUUAUAGCCUAGUGCCCUCUCCCCCAUAUGUGGUGUUCCCGGCCCCUUGUAAAGGAUCAUGCUGGGGCGCAGGAGUGCCAGCUGAGCCCCAUCCCUUACAGGAAGUACCUCAGAGCCUCAUGAAUGGAACACAGGCUGCAAGAGGAGGAGGAAGGCUGGCUAGUUUUGAGAUCAGGAAUGAGGCAUCUGAAUGUGAGAUGGAGCCAAAAUUGGUGGCUAGUUAGGCUAAAUGGGACCCUAGAGUGCCUCCCUCUGCACUCAGAGCACAGGGGAAGGGCCUCCAUCUCUCUGGAAAGUCCCCUUGCUGGUGCACGUGUUGGGCAACAGCACCCUCUGCUGGCCUCUCUGAGUAAUCUGUCUUAAAUGUAGUUACCACCUAUGGGCUGUGGCAAAUAGGCCUCUAGGUCCCUUAUUCCAGCAAUGCAAAUGGGAAGUUAUUUCUCUGCUCUGGUCCACAGUGUCUGGAUCAUUGCACCAGAUCCUCACAGAUCUCCAUUACUUCCGGCCCCUUACCUUCAUGCUUUCCCCACUCCCGCCUGCUACCCGAAGGAUAAAGAAACUCAAGCUACUUAGUGUGGCUUAUGAGGCCCUGUGUGCCUGACCCCUGGUGACCUCUCUGGCUUCAUCUUCUGCUGCUCCCUCUUUGAACUUCAGAUCGGUGGUUUGUUCUGGGGGAGUCACAAAUCUCAAUCCAAAUGCCAUCAACUCUGCUUCAGAAAGUGCACAUGCACGUGGAAUUUUGCACUAAUAUUCAAGAGGUUCUCAAAUCCUUUGCAGCCCAACAGUGGCCUUCCAAGUUAGAACAUUUUUAUUCCCUGACCACACCAAAGUCCUUGCAGUAGCCAGAAAUAUCCAUGCCUGCCUUCCCCUCUGGGUCUUUGCCUUGCCCUGCUGCCUGAAACCUUCCUCUUUAAUUCCUGCUCAUCUUUUAGGUCUCAGCUUGGGUGUCCUGUCCUCCUAAAAGGAAACCUUCCCUGACCUAGGCUGGGGUGGACAGACUACCCCAUCAGAGUCGAGGCCACUCAGGGUGGUCGCUUGUGAUAUGUCUGUCCACUUUGUUGGUAACAUCUGAGUGAGUCACUACCCAUCACCUAGAGCGGAUUGGUACCAGGGUUGUAUCCCUCCACAUCUGCAAAUUCUUAGGGUCCUGGAACACAGUGGGAAAUUCUAUCUUAUCUCACCACCCAUCUCAUGCUAGCCGGGGACUGGUUUUGAUCACAGAAGCAAGAAACAAAGCUUAGUAGAUAUUCUUUGAGGUGGUGAAAGAAAAGGGAAUGGAUUGGAGUUUAAACCAGAGCACAAACCCUCAAAAGGCUCUGGUCGGUGCCCAUCAACCAUUCAGCUAUCCAUCCCAGAGGUAAGCAUGCCAGACUCUGAGUCCCAGCAGUGAACAGGUUGAACAAUGGUUCAGAUCCUCCUGAAAGUUCAAUUUCUUGGCAGGUCAGGUGGGCGCGGGGUGGGGGGCGAGGAAGAGCCUCUGACCCCGACGCCCUUUUCGUUCGCGGUGGCGGCGGCGAGGGGGCGGGACCUGAGGAGGACACGCAUGCGCAUAGGAAGGUCCGCCUUCACCCCGGAACUGUUGUUUCGGGCUUGGCGGAGCACGGGGUCCCACAGAGUGUGCCCAGCCGGAAGUGGCCGCUCAGGGCCUGGGGCCGGGAUCAGCGUGCGGAGCCUACCGCUGGGGCUAACUAAUUAGGAAUCAGGAUGGAGGCCGUGGCGACCGCAGCGGCGGCCAGGGAACCCGAUGAAGACUGCACACAGCCCGGUUCUGGGCAUUGGGGAGAGCCGAGCUGGACGCUGGUCCCACCCAAACCCCAGGACAAGGUGGAAGCCGCAGAGGGACCACCAAGGUCCCCGGAUGAUGACCCCCCCGGGCCUGAGAACGCGGCGGUGAGUGCCAUGCUGCGUGCUGUGGCUGCCAGCCGCCUACCAGUGUGCAGCCAGCAGCAGGGCGAGCCUGACCUCACCGAGCGGGAGAAGGUGGCCAUCCUAGGCCAGCUAUACCAUGAGAAGCCGCUGGUGUUCCUGGAGCGCUUCCGCACGGGCCUCCGCGAGGAGCACCUGGCCUGCUUUGGCCACUUGCGCGGCGACCAUCGUGCAGACUUCUACUGUGCCGAGGUGGCCCGGCAGGGCAGUACCCGACCCCGCACCCUGCGUACCCGCCUGCGUAACCGGCGCUACGCUGCCCUGCGUGAGCUCAUCCAAGGCGGUGAGUACUUCAGUGACGAGCAGAUGCGGUUCCGGGCCCCACUGCUGUAUGAGCAGUACAUUGGGCAGUACCUAACCCAGGAGGAGCUCAGUGCCCGCGCCCCAGCCCACCAGCCGCCCAAGCCAGGCGCCCUCGGCACCCCUGCCUGCCCGCUCUCUGACCUCCUGCUCCAGUCCUACCAGGAGCGGGAGCUGCAGCAGCGGCUGCUCCAGCAGCAGGAGGAAGAGGAGGCCUGCCUGGAGGAGGAGGAAGAGGAGGAGGACAGUGAUGAGGAAGACCAGAGCCCCAGCAAAGACUCGGAGUCCUGGGUACCAGACUCAGAAGAGAGGCUGAUCCUGCGGGAAGAGUUCACCAGCCGGAUGCACCAGCGCUUCCUAGACGGCAAGGACGGGGACUUUGACUACAGCACCGUGGACGACAACCCCGACUUCGACAACCUGGACAUCGUGGCGCGGGAUGAGGAGGAGAGGUACUUUGACGAGGAGGAGCCCGAGGAUGCGCCCAGCCCAGAGCUGGAUGGAGACUGAUGGCUGUGGCCGCCCACCCCGCCCGUGACUCCAUCUAGGGGACAGCCUUGCUGGCUCUGGUGCCAUCCCCGCCGACUCCCUGCCCCCUCUGCGUGCGGGGUUCCCUACCUUGCCCCCCGCCCAGCUCCACCUCGGUCUCUCGCUGUCUCUCUGGCUCACUCGCUUUUUCUCCCUGCAUUUCUGUCUCUUGCUUUGUGCAUCCCUCUCCCUCUUUCUGCACCUCCCCGUCUUUCCUCUCUGCCUUUCUCCAUCCCCUUCCCUGUCCCUGUGCCUUUGUCCCCAUGACAGGGCCCAGGCUGAACACCUCCCCUUGACUGAGGCCAGCAGGCCCUUUGUAGCUGGUGCCCACCAAGUGGACAUCAAUGCCCAGUGGGGUCCAGGUGAGCCCCUGGCUUCACUCUGGCCUCUGCCCGUUUCUCCCCCUCUGUGCUGACGCAGCUCAUGCCUCCUUGCUCCCCGUUCAUUCCUAUCUCCUUCAGCCCCCCUCCAGGCCUCUGGUUUUUCCCACCUGUCCGCUCCCAUCUCGGCCUCCAUGCUGCCUCUGGCCCUCUGUCUGCCCCUCAGCCUUUCUUUUUCUGGUUUCUUUGUCAUCCCCCCACCCCACCGGCCUCGCUGCCAAUGCCGAGGAAGGCGGCCUCGCUGGGCUGGCUACCAGCCGUCACCUCUCCCUCAGGACCCAGACUUGGGAGGGGGGCACAGGGGCAGCACCAGGGCCAUGGGUCUGCUGGCUUGGGUGUGGCGGGAGGGGGCAUGGAAACGUGGGCUCUCCCCUCUCAGCCCUACCAGCCCCUCUCUUUCCCCAGCCACAACGUUCCUUCCUUCCCUUCUUCCGCCUCCUUCUCCCUCUCUUGUUUACACUUCCCAAAUACAUACAGGCUGUUAUCAUGGGUCCUGAGUCAUCCCACACACAGCCUGCCCCAGCGUCCCUGCCCCCCAGCUGGCCACAGGGCCCGCCCCACAGAGCCCCCUGCCGCCCCAGGCUAAUGGGAGCCAGAUGGCCUCCCGGUGACUCAGCCACUGGCCUGUGGGAACCCAGGCGUCCCGCCUUCCCAUGCCCCCACACCCGGCUCCUGCUCCCCUAGUAGACAAGCAUACGGAGAAGGGCUCAGCUGCUUGGGGAGGGCUGUGGGCCGCGGGUCAGAGAGUGGGGCCUGGGGACCCCUCACUCCUGGGAGACAGAAUGAUGGCACCCCACCAUAGCCAAGCCUGAAGGAUCUUCAAAACCACUUCCUCAGGCACACGGCCCAGAGUAAGAGGGAGAUCCUGGGGCCACAGCUUUUGACCCCUGGGCCUCAGCUCUGCCCUCUGGGUCAGACAGGAAUAGAGCCAGACACAGAAAGUGAGAACUGGCCUGGAGGCUGAGGGACAUUUCACACCGAGAGACUGUUCAAUAUGGGAGCUUCCGGUUCCUGAGCAGUCUUGUCCUUUGCUGGGCCUGGUGCCACACGGAAUCCUCCAGACAACCCAGAGAACUGGGGACUUGCCUCCACUCCGUAGGUGAGUCAGGGGAGGCCAGAAGGGAGACAUGAGUUGCUCCAAGCCGCACAGCAAGUGAAAAUAAAACCCAGGUCUAGAACCUCACAGGUCCUGCAGACCGUCCUCCUGGGCUGCAUGUCAGCCAUCAGGUCAGGGCUACCCGGAGCAGACAGAUGCACGGACUUCCUCAGGAAGACCGAGCAAAAGGCGGCUGUCAAGGGUGAUACCAGCAACUAAGCUCCAGGGGAGCCUCUCCCUGCACAUGGGCUUGGAACCGUGUCGGGGGCAUGGAAGUCGUCGCCUGGACCAGAACCAUCGCUCCUGUGCAGCUCGUGCCGCCCGCACUGCUUCCCUGGCUCCCAGGAAAGCCCAGGACCGUGCCCUCAGAGAGCCGGGGGAUGAACGGUGUUCGCCGCCAGUCUGUGCACGCCCCCGCAGGCCCGGAAAGCUCUUCCAAGGCAGGGAUCCCCCCUGCAUGCUGUGCGCCACUCUCAUCGGGCUGCCACUGGAUCAUCAAUGUUGUUUGUGAUAUACUUUGCGGGACGUAGAUUUGUUACAUAAUAAAGUGAUGAGAGACAGCA